AGAUGAAACUCGCCACUCCACGUUUCGUUUGGAAGGAAGCGUUGCCCACAGUGGCAUUAGUGUUGCUCUUGUCAGCUGGAUAUUCAUGCAUGCUCAUCAUCUAUCUAAACCAACAGAAAAUGGUGCGUGAGUUGGCUGAACUGCAAUCUUUUUGCCAGCAGAAAGGAUCUCCAUCUAGUAGUGAAGUGCAGCUCAUCAACAGCCACUUGGUACGAAACCAUCAAAUUCGAUAUGGGAGAUCAACUUCAAAAGGAGAUGAGAAUUUACCAUGUAGCUGCCCCAGUGGAGAAAAAGGACAACGAGGUCCAAGAGGAUCAAGAGGACUAAAAGGCAAAAAAGGAGAGAUAGGGCCGAUAGGUCCAACAGGACCAACUGGAAGGUCUGGUCUUCCUGGUCUUCCAGGUCCACCAGGACGAGAUGGUCUUGAAGGACCAUCUGGCAAACCAGGCCCCAAAGGAAUACGUGGUAAACAAGGAGACAAUGGAUUGCACGGACCAAGAGGACAACAAGGAGCACGAGGACUUCGUGGAGUAGUUGGGAGACCUGGUUCACCAGGCGUAUGCAUCUCUACAAAAAACUGCACAGAAACCGUGAAAACAGGACAACUACCGCAAACUAACCUUAUGAGUAAAAUCAGUCCAAUCUACAAACAACUUUUCAUCGGUGGUAGCGGCUACAUUCAUGAGAUUACAAUGGGUUCUACCAUACCCUUUUCCUGGGAAAGAGUAGCGACCGUCCAAACAGCCCAAAGAAGUGCGGUAGCUCGUCACUAUGAUAAAGACGGAUUGCAGACUCUAAUACGUGGAGUUUACCAUGUCAUUGCCCAAGUGACCGUCAUUUCCCAAAUUAGCACUCAGCCAGUCAUCCAUCUUGUUAUAGGAGGCAAUGUUAUUGGCGAGUAUGUUGGAAAUGUAGGAUAUGAUGAAGGUACAUCUGUCUGCUGUAAAGAAGCCAAUUGUUCUCUCAGCACUUUGAACAUCAACUAUAUUAAUUAUAUCCAGAAGUACACCAAGAUAUCAGUUACUUUGGACCAUUGGAAUGAUCCAUUCUCUCUCUGUAAAACACAGUUGGUUGACGGAAAUCAUCACCGCUCUUUCUUGCAAGCAGCACUACUUGAAGAUAAAAGCAGUAAGUAAGCUAGUACUCAAUUACAUUUGGCUAAUGACUGCAUAAGCUACUCUUGCUGUGUGACUCAACCAAAUUUAUUCACCGUGGCACAUUCAUUUAAUUAAGUUAAACACAUACACUCAUAUGCUUGUACAUAAAUAUCAUAGAACUCAUUUAGCAGCCAAAGUUACUUCUAGCAUUAUAGAGUUACUUGGUACAUCGAUUGCUAAUUAAUUCUUUCCAUCAUGUUUCUAGAAGCCAUAGUGCCAAACUGACUAUAAGAUUAUAUUGUAAGCACUUUCUCUUAGCUGCCAUUUUCCAAUCUUGAUGGCAAUGGAUAG